UGGCCGCAGCUGGGUUCGGAAGGGAUUUCCAGUUGCUCUUUUCCAUUGCCCCUUUUCUGUGUAGCGAUCCAUCACCUUGUGGCCAUGAGCCUGGUAGUCUUUGUCUUCAUAUUGGCUCUAGCCUCCUUCUGCCAGGCUCUGGAGAACGGGCUCAUGAGAACACCCCCAAUGGGUUGGCUUGCAUGGGAGCGAUUUCGUUGUAAUAUUGACUGCAAGAAUGAUCCUCAGAAUUGUAUCAGUGAAAAGCUGUUCGUGGAAAUGGCAAACUGCCUGGUGACCGAUGGCUGGAAGGAUUUGGGCUAUGAGUAUGUGAACAUAGAUGACUGCUGGAUGGCAAAGGAGCGGGAUGCCAAAGGACGACUGGUUCCAGAUCCUGAGAGAUUUCCUAGUGGGAUCAAAGCCUUAGCAGAUUAUGUACACUCACUGGGGCUGAAGCUUGGCAUUUAUGGAGACCUCGGUACCCACACUUGUGGCGGGUACCCUGGCACUACAUUGGAUCAGAUCGAACAGGAUGCUUUAACAUUUGCAGAAUGGGGGGUCGACAUGCUGAAGCUAGAUGGCUGCUAUUCAUCAGCAGAAUACCAGGCCAAGGGUUAUCCUCGAAUGACCAGGGCUCUGAAUGCAACAGGUCGCCUUAUUGCCUAUUCCUGUAGUUGGCCAGCAUAUCAAGGGGGGCUUCCACCUCAGGUAAACUACACCCUCCUGACCAAUGUCUGUAAUCUCUGGAGAAACUAUGAUGACAUUCAAGACUCCUGGGACAGCGUCCUCUCCAUUGUGGAUUGGUUUUCAAAGAAUCAGGAUGUGCUUCAGCCACAGGCCGGCCCUGGCCACUGGAAUGAUCCAGACAUGCUAAUCAUUGGAAACUUUGGUCUCAGUGAGGAACAGUCCCGGUCCCAGAUGGCCUUAUGGACCAUCCUUGCUGCACCUCUUUUCCUAUCCACAGACCUCCGCACGAUUUCUCAAAGUUCCCAGGAGAUUCUGCAGAACAAACUGAUGAUCAAAAUCAACCAAGAUCCCCUGGGAAUCCAAGGACACAGAAUCCUUCAGGAGAAAUCUCACAUAGAAGUGUUCCUGAGGCCACUUUCCAACUCAGCCAGUGCUCUGGUUUUCUUCAGCCGGAGGACAGACAUGCCAUAUCACUACACCACCUCCCUUGCCAAGCUCAAUUAUACACAAAAUGCCAUAUAUGAGGUGCAAGAUGUCUACACUGGUGAAAUAAUCAGUGGGUUGAAGAUUGAGGACAACUUCAAGGUGGUCAUUAAUCCCUCUGGGGUAGUAAUGUGGUACGUCUACCCAAUAAGGAACCUAGACCAGCCUUUCAGCUUCCUAAACCAGCUUUAUAAACGUGACACCAAGAAGUUCCACCCUUUUCCACUGUGACAUCAAAAGGCCAAAUGAAUCCUGGGUUGGUACAGCAUCUUAGGAAACCUGGUGUGGCUGAUAGUACCCCACACUGAAAAGAAUCAAAUUGUACACGUUGGUAAUUUACGCAUGGCUUCUGGGUACUAAUGGAGACAAUGUAUAUCUACCUCAACAGGCUAAGGGAAAGUAAGGUACUUGGAGAAUUGCAGCCUUAAUGAUUGCCUAACCAUGUAUAUAUUAAAAUACUCAUAGUGUUAUCUAGAUAGCCUUAAACAGUAGAAGGGAAUUUUGAACUAUUCUUAUGAUUCUGAAUCAGCUGCCACAGUAGAUAUUUAAUACCCAGUGGAGAAUGAUCUUCUGAGAGCUGCGAUCUGCUAUUCUGCCUACAUACUAGGGCUAUAUGCAAAUCUUUUUCAAAUGUGCAGUAGUAGUUGGGGAAGUUCUACUUGUGACAGGCAGGUGUUCUACGCCUGUGUUCUACGAUACUGCUUGGGAGAGACUGAAUCACAUUUUCAAAUGCAGUGUUGUAUCAGACCAGAGGUCCUUCGGGUCCAGUAGUGGCCUAUCGUUUGUCUCUGUCAUAUUCCACUUGUAAGGUUCCCUGUUUGUCCCCAAGAUCAGGUAUUUAGGGCGAUGGAAACACUUGUCUAUUGCCAUAACCGUGACUUGUACUACUCAUGAGUACUGAGCACAAACGUACAUGUACUAGACUAGCCUAUGGUAAUCUCGAUAAGGGGUUAGAUCUUAACAGAGGAUCUUUCCUCCAGUGCGAGAUGUUUUCCUAAGACCCAAAAGAGUCUAUUUGUCACAGAAAGCACUUCUCCCUCUUGCAUCAGAGGAUGGCUGUUUUGUACCAGAGAAGUCACCACUUCCAGUGGAGCAGAUUGGCAGGAGCCAAGCUGUGGCUUUCCAUGAGCAGGCCAGUAUGGAAGCAAUUUCCACACCUCAGGGAAUGUCUCACAUUUUGUCCUGUAACUUAGUUCACUUGUCAGUUAUUGAAUCAGAUUUGGAAUAAAAGGAUAGUCAUAGAAACCAUGACAGUCCAAAUAAUUCAGAAUUGAAACCUGAAAAUUCAGCACUUUAGGCUGAAGGACGUAUUUCAGGAUGCUGCUCUACCAGAGAAGGCAUGUCAACAUCAUGACUGCCAAAACUUCUGUUCUUUGAACAGCAAAUAGGAGAAUGAAUGACUAAUAUACUGGAACUUUUUUGGAGGGGGGGACACAAGUUCUACCUGUUAACAGGGGGGGAAACUCAUUUUUACAUGCUAGCUUUAUAUCUUUGAAGUAGUAACUUAGAGAGAAUAUACAUACAGCUUGUUGCUAUGAGGGGACAUAGCAACUCGUUAACUGUUAGGAAGCACUUCUGUAUAACAGGAAAACAAAAUGGCUAUAAAUGUCUCUGGGGAGUGGGAAAAAAUUCAGCAGUGAAAAAACAGGGCAGAACUUAAGCUUAGAGACAGUACACAGUUUUGAGAAAUGUACAUACAGCCUAGAAACUUAAUUACCUUAAUUACCAAAAGAAGGGAGUCAGUUUGGGUAGCAGAUUGUACAGUGAGCAAUGUCCUCUCCCAUAAUCUCUUUUAGGGGACUUCAUGUUAAACAAAAGUAAUACUGGCCCCGGUCACAUGGGCCGCAUAUUGCGGGAGGGAGGUGUGGCUAAUUGCCCC